GGUUUAGUGAAAAAGUAUCUUUAUAUUAAAAAAGGAAGAAAAAAAUAUAUUGUUGAAUACAUCUAAGAGAAAUAUUGAAAAUUAUUUAUUUCAAAGAAAAAAGUUAUUAUGAAUAUUUCUUCAUUUCACUGUCAUUAACAUAGAAUAAAUAACAACAAAAGCUUUUAAUUUAUUUUUUGAAAUUUGAUACGAUCAAGUUAGAUUUAAAAAUGAUUUGGUACAGCGAAAAACGAGAGGAUAGUGAAAUGCAACAAAUCCUUGAGGUUUCGGACAAAAAGAAAACAAGCAUGGAAAAGAUUUCACUACGGUUUCUCGUUCCUGAUGACAUUGAUGAGGUCAGACUACUUUGUGAGGAGUCUUUUCCCAUUGAAUAUCCACUUUCUUGGUAUGAAGAUAUUACACAUAACUCGACAAGAUUCUAUAGCCUCGCAGCAGUCUAUAAUUUUGCUAUCGUUGGAUUAUUAGUAGCUGAAAUUAAAUCAUGGUCGAAACUGAACAAAGAAGACAAAACUAUUUUAUCUGAGAGUUUGGGAAGAGGAUCAUCUCUUGCGUAUAUUCUUUCACUCGGUGUUCAUUGCAAAUAUCGUCGAAGUGGUAUCGCAACUCUUCUCUUGGAAACUUUUAUAGAACAUUUACAAAGUAGUGAACAAAAUUCAAAAAUUAAGGCAAUAUAUUUACACGUUCUAACGACAAAUCAACCAGCAAUUUUAUUUUAUGAGCGUUAUAACUUUACUCUGCAUUCAUUUCUUCCAUAUUAUUACUCGAUCAAAGGAAAAUCACGAGACGGAUUUUGUUACGUUUGUUAUAUCAACGGAGGUCAUCAACCUUAUCAUUUAAUUGAUCAAGUCAGAGACUUUUGCUAUAAAAUACUAAAGUUUAAUAUAUUUUCGUGGAUGCUUUCACGAAUUCGAUUGGUGAUAAAUUGGUUCAACUAUCAUGCAUUUUCAAAGAUUCAUUUUCGACAAUAGCAAAGAGUUAAAAACGGUGCGGCUAAGACGUCACUGGUAUGAUUCUUUGUUAUUGUCAUAUAUUUUUAUAGAUGUUCUUUUUGAGUAAAAGAUCAAGUAAACGUUAUGUAUGUUAAAUAUUUAAUACGUAUGAAAAUAAUUUGAGUAGAACUUGAAUGAAAAAAAUUAUUAAUUUCGUGAAUUAAUCGUUCAAUAUCACGAGCUUUAAAAACUAUUAAGAAUUUAUAAGAAGAAAGAAAAAUCUUUAUACUGGCAUAUAUUUAAAAUAUAAAUUCUACAUCAGGUAUUAUAUGAUCAAAAAACGAAUAAGAUAUCAUGACAACUUCCAUUCUACAGCAAAAGUAGUGAAGUCAUUAUAAAAAGAGUGUCUGAUUAUUCAACCCACCCACACUUAUAAAUUAAUUAUUCUUUCCGAUAACAAUAAAUGAAUGACAUUUAAAAUUUUCAAAU